AUGUAUAGCUCGCAUGCGCACUCACACUUAUCUCGUACCGGUCCCUUUGGGCCCGGUGCGUUCGAUUUUAGAGAGCUCAGCAUGAACAGGCCGAGCAAGCCUGACUACUUUGCUAUGAAGCCUGUCCGUGGGUCCUCCCCCACGGCGAGUCUUGCUGCGGAUCUCUCUCAGAACUUCCAUAUCGAUAUGAGCCCUCAAUUACCAACUCCUCGACGAUCGCUCUUCACCUCGAACCUUUUUGGGACAAUUGAUGGCCGUGAGAGUACUCGAACCCCUCCUCUCCCAUCCUCCUCCCCUGGGGGACUGAAUGAGCGUAUGGACAUUUCGCCGCUUCCACACAAGCAACCAUACUUUGCACAGAUUGAUGUCCAGUCCCCAACCCCAAGAUCCACACCGGACGAAGAAGUUACCAUGGAAUCAUCCCCCCCUCGUGCUGAAUUUGCGGAGGCGCCGAGACCGACAAAUGCGGCCGAACGCCGAAAAUCAAAUUUCACGAGACCGUCACUCAUGCGUACCAAAGGACAUUCCACUGGUAACCUAGCCCCCCGAAGUGCAGACAAUACACUACCCCCCUUCCGCUUCGGUGCUGGGAGUAGCAAAUUGUCGACGACAUCGAUGUCUCUUGAUGAGUGCUUCAUGGGAUCACCAACACAGGAGCGUCGGCCUCAAUCUGCGAAUAGUCCGUCAGUGUCAUCCCUCAUGGCGCCUCCUCGACUUAGCAAACCCUUUGGGAGCAUGUCUGGCCACUCCAUUCGCAACGGAUCACCAAUUGGCCAUCAACAUAGGAGGUCUACAAAUCCGUUAAUUCGUCCAAGAAAGCAAUUCCGCCGGUCAUUGAGCAUGUUCGAGCACCCAGGGGACAUAAUGGCGGGGAAAAAAGAGGAGAUCGCAACAAGCAGUCUACACACUGUAAUGGACCUUGACGAACUUCACCAGCCGGUGCUUCCGCACUUUUUCCAGGAAGGACAGCCAGACAGCAUUCCGCGGAUUACGAAGGAGACGUUGCUCGACGUUCUUGACGGCAACUACAACAGCCACUUUGACCGGCGUAUGAUCAUAGACUGCCGGUUCGAAUACGAGUUCGAGGGAGGUCAUAUCGAUGGUGCCGUCAACUAUAAUGACAAGGAAUUAUUAUCGGACGAACUCUUUGAAACAAAGAAUCCUGGCAAGACCCUUUUGAUUUUCCAUUGCGAAUACUCUGCACACCGAGCACCCAUAAUGGCUCGACACGUCCGAAAACUGGAUCGUGCUACUAAUGCCGAGCAAUACCCUAAGCUCACCUAUCCAGAGGUUUACAUUCUGGAUGGAGGAUACAGCAAUUUCUUUGCCCAACAUCGAUCGCGUUGCUUUCCCCAGAACUAUGUCGAGAUGGAUGCUAAGGAGCAUGCCAAUACGUGUGAGCGGGAAAUGGGUCGACUCCGCCAGAGCAGAACAAAGUUGAGCAGAGCUCAAACCUUUGCUUUCGGACAGGGGCAAGUGGACGAUAGUCCCACGGCGCCGAGUCGGUCGAAGGCGUGUAGUAUGAAUCCAUUAAUAUCUGAAGCGUCCUCGCCAAUGCUAGGAUAUGAUCAGUCACACGUGAGACGCGUCGUCUCAGAAUAG